UGAAUAAGACAUUGAAAAUCUAAGCAACGUUACGUCAAGCGAGAGGGAAAUCCUCCAAAAUUCUGAAUGAAGAGAAUCAAACUUUUCGAGGAUGAAGCAGAGAUGUAUAAUAUAGCAAAAGAGUUAGCAAAGUGACAAGCUUGGUAGUUUCACAGUUUGUCCUACCCCUUUCCUGUCAUUCGGUAAACAAUACGGAAGCCACACUGAAGUCUGAUGUCAACAUAAAUACGGCAGAAGGGUGAAGUCUUCCUGAUCAGUACCACGAUGGCACCGUUCUUCAGUGUGAACUGAGCGAUGUAGACCAAGGAGUCUUUUUUCCCUACGCUGUUUUAAUUUCUUUUACAUUUUAUUUUCAUGAGCCCUCACUUUUUAAAGGACAACCGUCAUCAGAAUGACUAUCUCAUACAAUAUUUGCGUGUACCUUUUGUUCAUAACAGCCUACUGCAGUCCGGAGCUGACCACGAGUUCAGCUCGCUGUGGACGGUCUCCCAUCGUUCUGGAAGCCAGGCGGGGAGAGAUCCAAAGUUCCGCCCGCCACAGCUGGUUGUUCCACUCCUUUGACUGUACCUGGCAGAUCCAGUCGAGAGAAGGAGAACCUGUUGUCAUCAGUUUCUCCCAGUUCUCGGCACACUGUAAGAAGGAAUGGGUGUCUCUGACGUCAGAGAACACAGACCCCGUCAGUCUCUGUGGGUCCAAGCUGCCCUCACCGAUGGUGUUCCCCGGGGGAAACGUCAACGUGACGCAUCACUUCCUGCCUCACUUUUACCCUGUUUCUACAUUUCACCUGGCUUACACCAGAGACUCGGGCGCCUGUCCCGUGACCGACUUCGAGUGCCUGGGGGGUCACUGCCUGCCCCUGUCCUGGCGCUGCAACGGCCAGGUGGAGUGUCUGGGCGAGGGCCUGGGCACGGACGAGCAGGGCUGCGAGGACGAGGCGCGGCUCCUGGAGCGCAUGCUCCAGGGCACCACGCCGGGCCCCGCCCCCGCCGCCCAGCUUCUCCCCGAGAGCAGCUCCGACCAGGCGGAGGGCGACGGGAGCAGCCAGGCGGAGAGGGAGAGCGGGUGGGUGCUGAGAGGGGUGGACGAGCCGCCCCAGCUUCUCCCCCCUUCUCGUAAACUCUCCCGGAUCACGCCCACGCCCGUGGACUGGCCCUGCGGGGGCCUCCUGCAGACCUUCUACGGGACGUUCUCCCCCCCCGUCAUCCGUGGCCCCUCGCUGUACUGUGUGUGGACGCUAGACCCCCAGGACUCCCGGCCCCUCAGGCUGGACCUGCAGCAGCUGGAGCUGGGUCCUGGGGACACCGUCACCAUCACCAACAGGCAGCAGGGCACGGGGGAGCAGGUGAAAUUCAUCACCAGCGUCUCCAACUACAAGUCGGUCCUGGUGGAGUCCCACACCGGCCUCCUCUCCCUCAUCUACCACACCCUGCCCGGCUCCGAGGGCAGAGGCUUCAACGCCACCUACCGGGUGGGCGGCUACUGCCCCCCCUGGGAGGGGCGCUGCGGGGGGCCGGCCGGGGGCUGCUACCUCCAGGAGCAGCGCUGCGACGGCCACUGGGACUGCCCCGAGACGGGCAAGGACGAGCAGGGCUGCAGAGGCUGCCCCCGGGACCAGUUCGCCUGCGGGGGCGCGGGGCAGAGGGCGGCGGUGCCGGGGCAUUUCGUGGGCCGCCCCGUGUGUUUCCCGGCCAAGGAGAGGUGUAACUACCAGCUGUACUGCGCCGACGGCAGCGACGAGAGGGACUGCACCAUCUGCCAGCCGGGGACCUUCCACUGCGACAGCGACAAGUGCGUGUUCGAGAGCUGGCGCUGCGACGGCCAGGUGGACUGCAAGGACGGCACGGACGAGCUGAACUGCACCUCCAUGCUGCCCCGCAAGGUCAUCACCGCGGCGACGGUGGGCAGCCUGGUGUGCGGCCUGCUCCUGGUCAUCGCCAUGGGCUGCACCUGCAAGCUGUAUUCGCUACGCACCCGGGAAUACAGCAUGUUUGCUCCAAUCAGCCGCCAAGAGGCGGAGCUUAUCCAGCAGCAGGCCCCGCCCUCCUAUGGUCAGCUGAUUGCCCAGGGGAUCAUACCUCCAGUGGAGGACUUCCCCACUGAGAACCCCAACGAGUCCUCUUCUCUCUCUCUGAGAGGCAUCCUUCAGCUGCUCAGGCAGGAUGCCGGCAGCUCCCCUCGUCGCAGACGCCGGCCCCGAUUCAUCCGCAGGGCUGUCCGUCGCAUGAGGAGGUGGGGCCUCAUUCCCCGACCCGCCUCCCGGCCCGCUCAGACGUCAGCCUCUGCCGCACAGCAGACCGACGCCCCGCCCACCAGUCCGGAAACGCGUCAGUCAAGUCCCACAACCUGCUCAUUGGCCGUGGAGGCUGUCAAUCAGCCAGUGCCCCAGAAACUAGGGUUGCUGACACAGACAGAGCAGCAGCCGACCCUACCGCCUCCGCCACCUGCCCCUCUAUCACUACCUCCAGCCCCCCCGGUGUCCCCCAGCCAUGCGACCCCCCCAGUGGCAAUCCCCCCCAGCAGUCCCUCUCUGGCCUCGCUCUUCCAUUCCCUGGGCCUCAACCUGUCUCUCUUCCGGCCCUCCCCUUCCUCCUCGCUCACCUCGCUCCCUCUGUCCGCGUCCCCCUCUUUCUCUUCCUCCUCGUCGGAUGACGAGGUGCUGCUCAUCCCCCUCUCUGAAGACGUCGCCUCCGAGGACGACGUUCCCAUGCUCACCUGAGGCCCCUCCCCCCCCCCUCGCGUCCUCCCCCUGUACUCCUCAGAAACACUCCUUCCUAAACUAGAACUCAAGCACAGGUAGGCAGGGCCUGGUUCAGGUCUCUCUGUGCUUGUCCCGUGCCUUCUUAAAUUGAAUCGCGUUGGAUUUGGCGACUAAGGAAUCAAGUAUGUAAUGAUUAUAUGUUAUUGGGUGGGAAACCACCUUGAGAAAGUGUGUGUGUGUGUGUGCUUGAGUGUGUAUCUAUGAUGGUGUGGGGGGUGGGAGGGUUGGUGUGGCGGGGGGGGACGGAUGGACGAGUCUAUUUGAAUGUGUACAUAAUACCCAAAAGUGGUGUGUGGAGGAGGUUAACUUUGCACAGAGAAUCUUACCCAUCCUUUUAAUGUACGCUAUUGUCAUUCUGGGGGAUAAAAACUUUUAUUCUGCAUUAUGUGUGAGUGCAUGUGCAGUUUAGUAUUUUUAAAAGGUUUGUAGAAAGCAGUGUCGACCUUCUACGGUUGGGGUCACACACUGCUUACCUGUGCCACUGGUUUGAUAGUAAAGAAAUAUUAUAGUCCCCGAUUUCAGUGCCUUUUAGAAGUGUGUCCUGUAGAUGUCUUGAAACCUGAAUGAUUGCACACACUGUCACACGCACACGGACACACUGUCACACACACACACACACACAGGCACACCUAUAUCCCACAAUCAAUGGCUUUAUAUCUGACAAUGCAUGUUAUUUCUGCAAGCUGGCAAUAAUAUGUGGGGACCUUCCUUUUUGUGUAUGAUGACGGUGUAACGAUUUGUGUGUUUGUUUUUAGCGUGCGCGUCCUCGAUAGUGGGGCAGCGCACAGAGCAUCCACGAGUGUGUAAAUAAUGUACGUCUCCACACAAAUUGUGACGUUCGACUGACGACAAUCUCCUCAUGUGGGACCUGUCUGACUCAGAGCAGUCUAUAUAAGAGUGCAACCAAUGACAUUAGUUUCGUAAUACUUCCGUGAAAUCUCAUUGGACAAUCCAACUCUGCCUGGUAACAAAUCCUACACCAAAAGACACAGAAUUGUUGUUACAGCUCUUUGUAUAGAUGGCUCUGGGGAAGUUCACUCGGUAUGUGUGAACGUGAGUGGCUUUUUGAGAGUUCACCACGGUCACACAAACAUCAACUUAAACAUCACCCCCACGUGAAAGUUACAUUUUAUGCUUUUGACACAAUGGAAAAUGAAGCGUGUGGUAUUUUGUCUAUCAUAUCCUAUUUUCUUUGCUUUUAUUCAGAAAAUGACUUGCUUUUUUUGUUGUUUUUAAAUUCUUCAGUUGACUUGGUUGUUAUUGAAUGUAUUAAAGUAAAAAUGGACAGCUUGGAUGGUAUGUUUUAAACUUAAAAUGUAAUGAAUUGAAGAGUGAUAUUAUUAGGGUCUAUUUCACUGUACAUACAGUUGUGGCUGAGAUUAAACAAUUUGCACUUUUA